UAAAAUUAUUUAUUAUGUAAAAGAAAAAAGAAAAAGAAACUACGAUGGCUUGGUGGAGAAGAGGAUUCAAUUUUAGGGUUAUUUGGCGCAAUUUCCCCGCCUUGCUGGUAAGCUCAUAGGUUAAAACCCCAAAUACAGUGACACAGUAGAGAGUAGGGUUUAACUACUCUCUCUCUCUCUCUCCCAUUUCUUUCAUUUUGGGACGACGAUGGCGACUAGGUGCACCCUAGCUGGUGUGGAAGUCCCCAUUAUCGGCAGCGACUCCGUUAAAUGGAUCGACCUUGAGCUUCCUCCUCCUCCUUCUGCUGCUGCCAUUGCCAUUGCCGAUUCGGAAGCUAAUUUUGAUUUUCAAACUACCUGUGCCCCGCUGGCUGACGAUUUCGCGUCUUCCUCUGCCAUCGGCGAUCCUCCCACUUAUAUCAUAUGGAGAAUCCACAAGUCUCUACCAACUGCUCUGGAGCUACUUGAGCUGUCUGCUGAUAAAGAAUUUCCCAAAAUUGGAUUGCGAAUUGCUUUUCCGGAUGCGCUCUCUGCUUUCGCUUUCGUCUGCAAAAAUGAGGUUGAUUUAAAUUCAAGGAACCACCCUUACCUGCUUUAUGCGUUGACUGUGUCGGGAACUGCUUAUCUUUUGAGAAUAAAAAACAUCUCGGCAUACAAAUCCUACUUCAUUUUGCCAGCGGAGGAUGUGAUCAGAGUGUUUGACAUGCGUAGUUAUGGCCAUAUAACAAGUGUAGCAGCAAUGCCCUCUGGAUGUCUUAUAGCUGGAAGGACCGAUGGAUCUACUGGUUGUUUUCAACUAGGCAUGCGCGACCCUAGUGCUCCUGCUUCUGUGCUUGAGCUUCGGGAUGAUUCAGGAUUUGGUCGUUUGUGGAGUCUUGUGUCAAGAGGUAGAACAAUAGAGGCUGUACAAGAUUUGGUGGUAGCAAAAGUUUGUGGAAAACAACUUUUAUUUGUGCUUCAUUCAGAUGGGACACUUCGAAUUUGGGAUCUUUCAAGUCAUACCAAGAUCAGUAGCCAUAAUAUGAAUCAUCCGACAUCGUCAGGAGCUGCAUUGGUAAGGUUAUGGAUUAAUGAAGCUGGUCAAGAUUCAAGUGGUGUGUAUUUGGCUGUCUUGUCUAGACAUACUUCGGAUGUUAGCUUCGAGAUGGUUUACUUGUACACUCUGCACUGUAGUUUGGGGGACAAAAUUGUUUUGCUACUGGAUCCUUCUAUUUCAAUGAUUCCCUUGGAAGAUGGGGCAUGCAUUGAUGUCAAGCUUGCUUCAGAUAAGAUAUGGGUACUAAAGGAAAAUGGGUUGGUAGUUCAAAGUAUGUUUCAUAAUGACAUAAAUGUUGAUGUGGAGGAGACAAGCUAUUAUAAUUUGCAGGAAGAAUUUGUUGCUGAUCAACUAUUUCAAAGUCCUGAGUAUUUAUCGGAUAAUCUUUUAUUGAUGGCUCAUUCAGUUUUUCCAUCUGCUAAGGCUCAAAUUUCGUCAGUUGUAUCUUCCAUUUUCUUACGUAGGCUGCUACAUCCUGGAGUAUAUCACAAUAUUGCCCUGCGUGCAACUUUCCUGGACUAUAAUAGACACUGGACUGACUCUGAUUUCCAGUCAUUGACUGCUGAUGGAUUGAAGAAGGAAAUUCUUUCUCUGAUUGAAGAUGAGGAUGUCAGUCAAAAUUUAGUGUCAAUUCAUUGCUCCUGGAAAAAUUUCUGUUCACGCUACUUCCUUAAUUGGUGCAAAAGCAAUGCACCUUGCGGUUUGCUUGUUGAGUCAAUAGCUGGCUCUGUCGGUGUAAUAAGAAAGAGUUCAGUAUCCCUAUUCCGCUGUUCAGAAGACAUUGAACGGUUACUUUAUGGUUAUUCUUCCGAUGAAAUCGGUGAUAGUGCUGUUAGUUUUGGCAUAGAAUUUUUUGACAGUAAGUAUGAACGUGGGAUACUAGUUGAUCUGCUCAGAUGUGUCAUUAGUAUCAGCCAACAACUAGGAAAAACAGCUUCUGCUAUAUUUUAUGAAUCACUUGUUAGCAGACCCAUUUUCCCAAGUGAAGAAGUUGUUCCACAUGUAUUGAAGAUUUUAGAAACUGGAUAUAGUUCGACGUUAGCGGCUGUGAGUGUAUCCGAGUUUGGUAAUGAUGAUGCUUGGGAGAAAAAACUAAAGGAUCACAAAAACUUAAGGAAAUUUUCUAUUGACAUGCUCUUAUCUCUUCACGCCUUGUGUGAGAAAGCUACUACAUGGAGCAGAGUUCUGAAUAUUAUUGAAAAUUAUCUUAAAUUUCUUGUACCUCGGAAAAUGAUGCAGAAUUUGGAUGCUGACCCUUCCUUAAGCAUUAAUGCUACCAUUUUGGUCCAGGCCACUUCUCAAAUUGCGAAGACAAUGUUUGAGUCUGCAUUGGACAUUCUUAUAUUCCUAAGCUAUCUUGUAAACAACAGUGGCCAGAUCCAUAUGUUGCCUGACAAUGUAUCUAAGAUACAGUUGGAGUUGAUUCCAAUGAUUCAAGAAAUCAUUUCUGAGUGGCUUAUCAUUCACUUUUUCACCACCACAUCCUCUGAGUCAGCAUCAAUUGAAGAUUUCAGCUCUCAACUUUCUCUGUUACAAAUUGAUAAUAAUGCAAGCAAAAGAUCUUGGAAUGAAAACCUUGGGAAAUGCGAUUUCCCUUUGGCCUUUGUGCUCUUAUUGAACACCAGAAGUUCCACCAGAGACAGUCAUCUUUAUUCAAAAUAUCUUCCAAAUUUGCAUGACAUUGUUAGGUCUGUUCGGAACUUCAGUAGCUGGAUUAUUUGGGGCAAGACUAGGGAGUUAACUACUUUCUUGAGCCAUUCAACUGAGCUUGCAUUGAUCUUACUAAAGAAUGGGCAGUAUGAUGCUGUUGAGCACCUACUCAGUAUGGUCGAGGCACAUUCACAGAAGGAGAAGACAUUGGAAACUAUUCAAGAUGCUGAUGUUGGAUGGUGCAUACUUCACCAUGUUCUUGGAUGCUGUCUUCUUGCUCAAGCACAACGUGGAUUGCAUGGAAAGCUGAAAGAAAAGAAAGUCAGUGAGGCUGUCAGAUGUUUCUUCAGAGCCUCAUCCGUAAAAGAUGCUGCUCAAACUUUGCAGAGUUUGCCUCCAGAAGUAGGAAUUCCACAUCUUGGCUUCAGUGUUAACACAUCAGGUCCUGCAUGGAAGCUACAUUAUUAUCAGUGGGCAAUGCAAAUAUUUGAGCAAUAUAAUAUUAGUGAAGGUGCAUGUCAGUUUGCUCUUGCUGCACUUGAGCAAGUCGAGGAAGCUUUAACUGUGAAUAGUGAGCACCAUGGUAGAGAUCCAUUUGAUGAAUCAGCAGCCAUCAUCAAAGGACGACUUUGGGCAAAUGUCUUCAAAUUUACAUUAGAUCUUCAUCACUAUUAUGACGCAUAUUGUGCAAUAAUAUCAAAUCCAGAUGAGGAGAGCAAGCAGAUUUGUUUGAGGCGUUUCAUAAUUGUACUUUAUGAGUGCAGUGCUGUUAAGAUUCUUUGCAGUGGUCAACUUCCUUUCAUUGGUUUAAUUGACAAGGUAGAGCAGGAGCUUGCCUGGAAGGCAGAGCGCUCAGAUAUAUUAGCAAAACCAAACUUGUAUAAGCUGCUUUAUUCUUUUGAAAUGCAUCGACACAACUGGCGAAAAGCCGCAAGUUACAUAUAUCAAUAUUCUGCUCGUUUAAAGACGGAAGCAGAUCAAAGAGACUACCAACAGAGUUCAUUGGAUUUGCAAGAAAGAUUAAAUGGGCUAUCUGCUGCUGUAAAUGCCCUUCAUCUUGUUCAUCCAGCAUAUGCUUGGAUUGAUCCUAUGUUUGACAGACCUGUCCAUGAAGAGCAUUAUCCAAGUAAAAAGGCUAAAACAACAGUAGAGGAAGAACAAGGUAAAGAUAUUCAGCCCAAGAAAUGGCGAUGUAUUGAUAUCGAAAGAAUUGAUAAUGAGUUUGUGCUAACAUCAGCAGAAUAUUUACUUUCAUUAGCACAAGUGAAACUAAAAUUUAAUGAAAUUCGCGAGAAUUUACCAAAUUUGAUUGGUAUUUUAGUCGAGGCAGAUAUAUAUGACAUGGCAUUCACAGUUGUUCUAAAAUUCUUUAAAGGUUCAGACUUGAAGAGGGAACUCGAAAGGGUUUUUACUGUGAUGUCAAUGAAAUGCUGCCCAGAUAAAGUUGAUUCAUCGUGGACAGGGGAUGAUCGCCAAAAGCGUCUUCUUCUGUUAACUUCUUCAAAGAAUGAAGUGGCUGUACGUGGCUCGCCUGAUAAUAGCUCAACUCAACCAUUCAAGGGAAGUAAUCAAUGGGCUUCCCUUGAGCGUUAUCUUGAAAAGUACAAGGGAUUUCAUGCCAGAUUACCAUUAAUUGUUGCUGAAACUCUUCUUCGUACUGAUCCUCAAAUCGAAUUGCCUCUCUGGCUUGUGAACAUGUUCAAGGAUUGUCGAAGUGAAAGAUCCUGGAGGAUGACUGGUCAAGAAGCAAAUCCUGCAUUGUUAUUUAGGCUAUAUGUUGAUUAUGGUCGUUAUACAGAAGCGACAAAUCUUUUGCUUGAGUACAUAGAAUCUUAUGCAUCAAUGAGACCGGUAGACAUAAUCAAUCGCAAAAGACCAUUUGCAGUUUGGUUUCCAUACACAGCAAUCCAGCGCCUCUGGUUUUCACUGGAGGAACUCAUCAGUUUGGGUCACAUGGUAGAUCAAUGUGAGAAACUCAAAGAGCUUUUACAUGGAGCUUUGCAUAGACAUCUGGGGCUGGUAAAGGUGGACUCAGUCGACUUGAAGAUCUAAGUUAUUUUGCCAGAAGCAGGAAAGAAUGGUAAUUAUUGGGAAGAAGUGUACAAGUUCUUACUUCAUAGUUACAUGACAAUUUUGGCAGGAAAAUGUAUGUAUUCGACAGUGUUAUAGAAAAUUUAAACAUUGUAAAUCUUUUGCUUUCACAGAGUAGGACCAGUGUCACUUGUGGUUGUUGAAAGCCCGAUAAUAGCAGAAUAAAACACUUGCUUGACCAAUUGAAAGAAAAAUCCCCUUUCUCAUACUUCA